CUUAUCCAGCUGGGCCAAUGAACGCACGAAGCGCUGGACGGUCGUUGGGCGCGAGGCCGGCGCAUGGCGGACGCGGCGCUGUUCGAGUUUCUGCACAUGGAGAUGGUGGCGGAGCUGUGGGCGCACCACUCCGACCCUGGCCCUGGGGGACAGAAGAUGAGCCUGUCUGUCCUGGAGGGCAUGGGCUUCCGUGUGGGCCAGGCCCUGGGCGAGAGUGUCUGCCGCUGCCCCCAGGCUGCCCCAGGAGACGCUGGCCUUCAGGGAGGAGCUGGACGUCCUCAAGUUCCUAUGCAAAGACCUGUGGGUGGCCGUGUUCCAAAAGCAGAUGGACAGCCUCCGCACCAACCACCAGGGGACCUACGUGCUGCAGGACAACAGCUUCCCCCUCCUCAUCCGGAUGGCCUCCGGCCCGCAGUAUCUGGAGGAAGCACCCAAGUUCCUGGCCUUCACCUGCGGCCUCCUGCGAGGCACCCUCAGCACCCUGGGCAUCAAGAGCCUGGUCACCGCCUCCGUGGCAUCCUUGCCCACCUGUAAGUUCCAGGUGGUGAUUCAGAAAACCUGAGAAGCCCCAGGCCCGCACCCCAGCUGAGCCUCACCGCCGCCCCGGCCCAGGGGGGGCCUCGGACCACUGCCUUUGGGGGUGGCCAGAGGGCUGGUGUUGGGCACCCCAGACUCUAUGGGUGAUGAACAGGUGGGGGGCGGGGUCCAGCCGCUUCAGGGAGUCCCAUGUGCUCAGGUGGGUGUCCUAGGGAGGUAAGGGCAUGCCAGGUUGGGGCUGGUGUGAAGGGUUCCCUGCACGGGACUUCUCCUUCUGCGCGGCAGGUGCCCAAUAAAGGUUUUGCGUGUGGA